ACAGCUGUUCCGGCAUAAAAAGUUGUUAUUUACAUUUAUUUCUUAACAAGAGCCAUCUCUCUCGAUUUCCAAUAAUAGCGAAAUUAAACACCUGCAAAAAUGGGUGAACGCAAGGGCCAGAACAAGUACUAUCCGCCGGACUAUGAUCCUAAAAAGGGCGGCCUCAACAAGUUCCGGGGCACCCAUGCUCUGCGGGAACGCGCCCGGAAGAUCCACCUCGGGAUUAUCAUUAUCCGCUUCGAGAUGCCUUACAACAUCUGGUGUGAGGGCUGCAAGAACCACAUCGGCAUGGGAGUGCGCUACAACGCUGAGAAGACCAAGGUGGGCAUGUACUACACGACGCCAGUCUUCAAGUUUCGGAUGAAGUGCCAUCUGUGCGACAAUCACUUUGAGAUACAAACGGAUCCCGGCAAUCUGGACUAUGUGAUCUUGUCGGGGGCCCGGCGGCAGGAGAACCGCUGGGAUCCGCUGCAGAACGAGCAGGUGGUGCCGGAAACCAAGGAGGUUCAAAAGCGCCUCUUCGACGAUGCCAUGUACAAGCUGGAACACCAGGCCAAGGAUGCCAAGGCGGCGGCAGACGCCAAACCAGUUCUGCAGAAGUUAGUGGAACGCAACAUGAGUGUCUGGGAUGACAGCUAUGUGGCCAAUUGCCGUCUACGGGCCGAGUUCCGCCAGCAAAAGCUAGAGAUCAAGGGCCAGCAGGAUUUAGAUCGUCAGCUGCUGGCCAAGAGCAGUUUGGACAUUGCUUUGUUACCCGAGACCAGUGAGGAUCGUGAAAUGGCCGCCCUGAUGAAGCUGCAAACUAAGUCGGCUCUGGAAAGGGAAUCCGAGCAGCGACUGGAGCUGCUCAUGCGUCCAGCCUUGCCGGGAGCAACUCAGACUACUUUUGGUGGCUUAAAGCGGCAAAAGGCGCUGAACAAUCAUCUCCAGCUGCAGGAUUUGGGAAUUAGAAGGAAGAAAUUAGAGGAAACGGAAGUGAGUACCUCAAAAGCGAAACCCCAGAGCCUGGUGGGGGACUACUCCUCCUCGGAUAAUGAUUCCAAUAGCUGAGUUCUGUGUUAUUUGUUUUGAAGAUUGAAAUAUUUGUAGUUUACGAAGAUGUUAAGCCGGAAAAGCAAGUUUAAUUUAAUAAAUUUGUUUAGUUUUUUUUAA